AUGGAAAGCACACCAGUCAGCACUCAGUUAAGAAAUUUAUUUCCGACUAUUGGUAAGAGAUCAUUUGGUGGAAAAUCUUCUGAAAGCAAAUCUAGUAAAGGUAAACGGCCUCCCCCAAAAAAACCAAAGAAAGAUAUAGUGCAUAAAGAUGUAGUUCUUCUUCCUUCUCCUGACACGAAAUCAGUUCCCACGCACCAGACACGAUGUCGAUUGGAAAACAACGGUUUUGUUGUUCAUGCAUUUCCAGUAGAUAAGUCUUUACAGGAGGAAGAUCUGAGAGCUCAAAUAAGAGAGGUAUUCCCAGCUCUUAAAGAAACAGACUUUGAAUUUGUGAAGUCGUGCUAUGGCCAAAUAAUCACACCAAAGUUAGCUACAGGUGUGUAUUUCUCAUCUUCCCGUGUUCUUAGCCUUGCUGGGCAAGGGAGCAUAUACAUUCGACCAGCGCAUGAUAUCUCUGGCAACCCUGCUAGCGACAUUGACAGUCCUCCCCAGAGUCCAGACCCAGUUCAAGGGGAAGUUGCUGUUGACGAAGCAUAUAGUGGUCCUUCAAAUGCUUCAUACCUUUCCGUCACUGGCCCAUCAAGCAGUGCAACAGCAUCUAGCAGUGCAAUACAUGUAAACCAGGAAGAGUUAGACCAAUUAAGAGAGAUGUUUCCGGAAAAAAGCAGCAGCUUGCUGCAACGUGCCUUAACCUGCCAUGGGAGUGUUAGUCGUGCUGCUCUUUCCCUCUCCUCCCAAAAUCUUCCUGAUGAAAUUGACUCAGAUGAGGAUGCUGAUGCAGAACUUUUAAAGCCUGCUUUUCCAGCUAAAGCUGAUUCCUUGGAGGCAGUGUUGAAGGAGCUUCAGAAAGGUUUGAGUACACAGAAAAAAAAGCUCAGAGUUGAUGAAGAAGACAUCUUUAGUGAUGCCAUGGUAUACUAUAAAGAUCCCAGCUUUGAUCCUAGAAAGCCCUUAUGA